CUCAUUUUCAACAUCGUUUGUUUGUCCUACUUUCUAUAAUACAAUCCUCUCUUUGCAACUUUCUUCUCUAUAGAACAUUUCCAGCUCAAGCCAUGGAUUCUUCAUCACUAAAAUGCUUGGAGCUCGGGAAGCUUGUGUCCAACUCCGGUGUCUUAGACAAGGCAUGGAGUAAGAUCUCAGCAGCCCAUGGAAAUCAAGUUUCAGGUUUAGAGUUCAAGCCUUACCAUGAAGGCAUAUACACAAUUGUGGUUUUCGUGGCACCGAGUUUCCCUUUUGAUUCUGCUGCUUCCACUCCUCUAUCUGGGCCAGAAGGUCAGAAUCCGUUUCAUUUUCUACGCUCCGAGAACAUCUUCUCAUUCUCCCUUCACAAACCUGCUUACCAGCUCUUUGUCUCUGCCAACAAGAACAACCUCACCGAACUCAAAUUAGAGUUGCUCGGCUUGCUCAAGUCCAAGAAGCAUGUGAUCAUAACCGGAGCUGCGUUAGGAGGAUCUGUCGCAUCUCUCUUUACGCUGUGGCUUCUAGAGUCAGUCGAGCCUAAUUUCAAACGUCCCUUGUGCAUCACUUUUGGCUCGCCUUUACUUGGAGACGCUUCUCUGCAACAGAUUCUUGAGAACUCCUUGUGGAACUCAUGUUUCCUUCACGUGGUGGCCGACGCUGCACAAACUCCCGUGAACACAAAUUUCAAGCCUUUUGGAACGUUCUUGAUUUGGGUCGGCUCCCAAUGCGUCUGCAUCGACGACCCUGUGACUGUCACGGAGUUGCUAGGCGGUGCUAACGCGGAUGAAAUAGUCUGGAGAGACUACAGUGAAGUUCUUGGUCGUCUGGUUCAGCCUGUUGCGGUGGAAACAAGACUGAUGGUUGAUGAUGGCGUUUUCAACCGGAUGGCGGAACGUGCUGAGAACAAGAAGCCGCGUUUUGAUCCGCUUAUAAAGCUAAACGACAUGAAGAUACACAUGAUAUAUUUUGAAUGGUACAAAAAGAUAUGCAAGAAGAUGAAGAUCGGUUACUAUGAUCACUUCAAGACGCAACUAGUUUUUUCUUACGAGAAUCGCAGGAGAGAGCUAAACGAUUACUGGAAAGAAUUGGUUGAAGAAGUGGAGAAGACGCCUCAGAGUGAGAAGUCACUACUCAAGACCCGGUCUCUCCUCUCCGGGCACAACUACAGACGAAUGAUCGAGCCGCUUGACAUUGCUACAUAUUACCGGGAUGGUGGGAAAGAGUAUCGAAACUCAAGGCCUCGCCACUAUGUUACGCUCGAGAAAUGGUUUAAGGCGGGAGUGGAAGAUGAGAAAAUCCCCUCUCCGGCUAGACCCCCUGGGAGUGAUCUGAGUGAUCUUUUGACGUUUGAUUCUUGUUUCUGGGCUGAUGUUCAGGAAGCUAUGCGUGUAACCGAUGCUCUUGCUCUGAAAACACAAGUGGUGGGGAGAGAGGAGUUGCUGGAAAAACUCAUGAGGUUUGAAGAAUACGUGGGGGAGAUGCUCAAAAAGCGUGAGGUUUCGCCGGAGAUUUUCUUGGAGGGAAGCAGUUUCAUGAAGUGGUGGAGAGAGUACAAGGAGAUCAGAGCCCUUCAUUCUCCACCUUCUUACUUCACCCAGUUUAUGAUCCAGAGGAAGUACGAGAGUUAUGGCAAGCCUGCUGAUAAAGAAUGAUGUACUGAGAGUUAUGGUCAGUAAAAUAAUCAAGUUUUAUUGCAUGUUAAGUUGAUUGUAUUCAACUAUUUAUUUCCAUGAAAAUUAAAAGUUUAUUUUUAAGGAAACUUAUGUAACUAAGGUCUUACAGUAG